UGCUGACCGGCUCGGUAGAACUUUUCGGUGCUUCUUGCUAGUUUCUUAGAACAUUUUGGACGAGUUUCACCAAGUUUCACUUUCACGCUAACUGUCGAUAAGUACGCGCUAUCCAGAAAUCGUCGUUAUCGUCCCAGAAACGUAAGACUCGUAAUCGUUUAGUGAUUUUUUUUUUCCUGAAGCUGUUAAUUUAGUUUGCGAGUUCAUCAACUAGAUUGAAUCGAAGAAAUUGUUUGGUGGAAAACUGGAAUCUAGUUACGACACUCCCCUUUUCACGAUGCAACGCGUAAUGGAAUCGUUUCUGGUGAUCCUGAUGAUGAUUGGUGCGUACCUAGUCGAUGCGGCCAUAAUUCGCGGUGAAAGUUGUGAUGCGGAAGCACUGGUAUUCUACCGGAUCCGGCUCGUAACCAACUGGAACAGGAAGCUGUUCCCCAAGCACUAUCCCGAGUUCCGGCCGCCACCCCAAUGGAGUAUAACGUAUGGUCAGUCCCACAAUGCAUCAUUCCGCUUGUUUCGGUUGAAGGACUACGCAAGUCAGGCGGUGCAAAAUUUCGCAGAAACUGGCCAUGCCCACGCGCUGGAGGAGCAUCUGGCGGAGCAACAGAGCAACGGGAUGAUCCACGAUGAGUUCCAUCUGCCAAAGAUUCCCAAAGGUCAGGGCGCCACCGAGGGAACAUUUUUCGUUGAUGGCCAGCAUACCAAAGUUUCGUUCAUGACCAAGAUCGUACCGUCCCCGGAUUGGUUCGUGGGAGUGGAUUCCUACAAUCUCUGUCUGGCAGGAAGAUGGGUGGAUAACAUAACGAUUCCACUCGGUCCAUUGGAUGCCGGUACAAGCAACGGACUUACGUUCACCUCACCCAAAUGGCCAACAAAUCCACCGAAUGUGAUCGAACAAAUUACGGCACGCUACCCGAUGCAUUUGGCCAGCAGUUUCUUCUACCCGGAGAUCAAACAUUUGCCCAGCAUCGCUCACGUUACCUUCACAAAGCUCCACGAAUACCGAGGAUCCAACAACGUGCACAAGAAGGUCAAGAAGCUCAAAACCAAACAGCGCGCCAAGCUGCUCAAGAAGCUAGCAUACGCCAACCGGAAGUCCGAAAACGAGGUCGAAAAGGUAUCGUUCCGCAGUUCGAAUGGCGAUUGUAUGGUUAGCGGCUGGUCCGAAUGGAGUCCUUGCAGUAAAUCGUGCGAUGUGGGGAAGAAAACCCGAUCCCGAUCGGUUCUCCGCUAUCCGACUGAAAAUGGGCGGGACUGUCCGCAUUUGACGGAAACCCAGUGGUGUGGAUCGGCCAGGCAGUGUACCACCAAUGAAAGCUACUUCCGGUGGUGAAGGAAGUGUUUUUUGGUUCUGGUUACGAGGAGUGAGCGUUGUUGCAAGUGAAUAUAUG